ACCGCGGCGAGCACGCUGGCCGCCCUCGCGCAGAGGGGGGACCAGAUGAUCAUCGGCACCCUGGCGGCGCGGCUGGAGGACGAGGACUGGCCAGUCCGCGGGGCUGCGCUGGAGGCUGUCGCGAGGUUGGCUCCGAGGGGCGACUCGGACGCGAUCGCGCUCAUGAUGGCCUCCUUGCAGGACUGCCUGCCUUACGUGCGCUGCCUCGCGGCAGACUCGCUCGCGGAGCUGGCUCCGCGGGGCAGCUCGGAGGCCAUCUCGGCCCUGGCCGAGCGCGUGAGGCCUGGCGUGGUCGAGCACCCCAUGGUGCACAAGCACGCCGCCGCAGCCCUGGAGCGACUCGGGGCAGGCACCGCGGAGUCGUGGCUGCAGCGGCUGCGCGACGGGGGCGGGCCAGACCAGGAGGGAGCCGCCGCCGUCAAGUCCUCCACGGCGACCCCGAGCGUGGAGGCCGUGGAGAGGUGGGAGGCGGAGGCCGCGGCCCCCGGCGGCGAGGCUGCCGCGGAGCUCGCCGGAGAGGAGGCGGCGGAGGAGCCGCGGGGUGCGCAGGCCGCGGCCGCUGCGGCGCCAUCGCCGGCCCCGGGCGCCGCUGCCGCCGUGCAGCUCGGCGCGGAGGGCGGGGCGGCGUGGCUGCCCCGCGGCGCGCGCUGCGGCGUGUGCGCCAG